UCAUGUAUUUAAAUUUCAAUGGCGGCAUCAUUAAAUUGCUGAAUUUAGAUUAAUCCCCACUAAUUAUAUAUAUGUACAUAUAGAGGAGUGGCUUCAAUAAAGACUGCUCAAUUAAAUUUGGCAAUACUAUUAAGCAAGAAUGGGGUUUUUGGACAGAUUCUCAAAUUAUAUUGAAUCUUCUUGGGGUGACAGAAGGAAGCUCAAGAAACUUAAAAAGAAGCCUCUCCGGACAGUAGAAAUAAGGAUAAAAAUGGACUGUGAAGGGUGUGAGAGGAGAGUGAGAAAAUCAGUUCAACACAUGAGAGGGGUGACACAAGCAUUAGUUGACCCAAAAAUGCAAAAACUUACUGUUAUUGGUCAUGUUGAUCCUGAUAAAGUGUUGCACAGAGUCCGGCAUCGUACUGGUAAGAGAGCUGAUAUGUGGCCUUUUGUGCCCUUUGAUAUGGUGCCACAUCCUUAUGCCCCCGGGGUCUACGACAAGAAGGCGCCGUCCGGGUAUGUGCGUAAUAUCUACGACAAUCCUCAGCCUUCGAGCCUCGCACGAGCUUCUUCCGAAGAAGUGAGGUACCUGACGGCUUUUAGUGAUGAGAAUACCAACGCUUGUGUUGUUAUGUAAGUAGGAGUUGCAUGUAUGUUCAGCCUGAUGGAUUGGACAAUGCUAGAAUUUAGCUAUGUAUAUUAGAUGAGUCAUAUUUUAUCUAGUAGUAGAUCAUUGUAAAUUAAUGGACGUUAUUAUGCUCUUCGAUAAUGUAAAUUUAGGGUUUAGUUGAGCUCCUUCUUCAUCGCUUAAGUACAACUUAGGGAUUUCAAUGA